GAGCGCCUCUCUGCUGAUGCGCGGAUCCACGGACACGUUGUUCCUUCAUUUAACUCCGAAAAACCUCCGGGCUCUUCUGAAGGCUCUGAAAACUAAGCAGGUGCCAAGAUGGGGAACGGUUCAAUGAAAUCAAAGCGCUACAAACACACUGACGGCUGUGCGCACAAAGAUCACGGCGGUGGGUUCAAAAACUCGACCCUGGAUUUCCUGAGGGCCCGGGUGGAGGAGCUGGAGCGAGAGGGCAAGAGGAAGGAUGAGGAGCUUUGUGUCAAAGAGCAGCAGAUCAAAGGUCUCCAGGAGCAGCUGGCCAAACACACGCGAGUGCUGGCCGAGAUGAGCGAAGAGCUGCAGAGUAAGUGCAUCCAGCUCAACAAACUGCAGGACGUGAUGAAGAGCGGAGCAUCGGCGGGUCUUGCUUCGAGGCCUCCUUCAGUCAAAGUCAGCAGCAGAGGCAGCCCCAACCUCAGCAUUCGCAUCAAGGAAACCCUGAACAGAAGGAAAGGCGCCAAAGCCGGGGUAUCUGCCGAACCCACAUCCAGAACGUACGACUCCAGCGGUCUGCCGAAGUUCUCCUUUGAGAAGGCUCGGGUACCAAAGGAUGCAAGUGUGAAGAAGCUGCUGACAGAUGCCCUCAACAAGAACCAAUACCUGAAGAGGCUGGAGCUGCAGCAGAUCAAAGACAUGGUGGAGUGCAUGUAUGAGCACACUUACCAGCAGGGAGAGUACGUCAUCAAGCAGGGAGAGCCUGGGAACCAUCUGUUUGUCCUGGCAGAUGGGAAGCUGGAUGUGUUUCAGCAUAACAAACUGAUCACAUCGAUAACGGUGUGGACUGCGUUUGGGGAGUUAGCCAUUCUGUACAACUGCACGCGGACCGCAUCAGUGCGAGCUGUGAACAAAGUGAGGACGUGGGUUUUGGAUCGGGAAGUUUUCCAGAACAUUAUGAGGAGGACGGCCGAGACACGACACGAACAGUAUCGCAACUUCCUCCGAAGUGUUUCACUUUUGGCUAAUCUACCAGAGGACAAGCUAAGCAAAAUAGUGGACUGCCUGGAGGUGGAAUACUAUGACAAAGGCGAGUACGUCAUCCGGGAGGGAGAGGAGGGCAGCACCUUUUACAUCAUCGCACAAGGAAAGGUGAAAGUGACCCAGACCACCGAGGCCCACAAGCUGCCACAGAUCAUCAACACACUGCAGAGGGGAGACUACUUUGGAGAAAAAGCACUUAUAAGUGACGACGUCAGGUCCGCCAAUAUCAUUGCCGAUGAGAACGGGGUGGAGUGCCUUGUCAUCGACAGAGAGACAUUUGAUCAGACGGUGGGCACCUUCAAUGAGCUGCAGAAGUACCUCCAAGGGUACGUGGCAACACUCGAUCGCGACGACAAGAAGAGACAUGCCAAGAGGUCUGUGUCACGCCACCAAAGUCAGCCUCUGUCUCCUGACGUCAUCCAGCUGAAGGAACUGGUUUCCAAAUUCUCUUCAUCCAGGCCCUUUGAUCACCUGGAGGUCAUUGCUACCCUUGGGGUCGGCGGGUUUGGACGAGUAGAACUGGUGAAGGUGAAGGGUGAGGAUAUCACCUUUGCACUCAAGGUCAUCAAAAAGAAGCACGUGGUGGACAACAGGCAGGAAGAACACAUCCACUCGGAGAGGAGGAUCCUCGCAGAGGCUCGCUCGCCUUUCGUAGUCAAACUGUAUCGCACAUUCAAGGAUAACAAAUAUGUGUACAUGCUGCUGGAGGCCUGUCUGGGUGGAGAGGUGUGGAGUCUGCUCAGGGACAGGGGCAGCUUUGAUGAACCUGCUGCUAAAUUCUGCGUGGGCUGUGUCACGGAGGCUUUCGAGUACCUCCACCGGAAAGGUGUUCUCUACAGAGACCUGAAGCCUGAGAACCUCAUUCUGGAUUCUGAAGGAUACAUCAAACUGGUCGACUUUGGUUUUGCCAAGAAGAUCAGAUGUGGCCAGAAGACUUGGACCUUCUGUGGCACUCCAGAGUAUGUGGCACCGGAGAUCAUCCUCAACAAAGGCCACAACUUCAGUGUGGACUUCUGGUCUUUGGGCAUCCUGGUGUUUGAGCUUCUUACCGGCAGUCCUCCGUUCUCAGGAAUUGACCAGAUGAUGACGUACACUUUCAUCUUGAGAGGCAUUGAGAAGAUGGACUUCCCGAAGAAGAUAACAAAGAGACCGGAGGACCUCAUACGCAAGCUAUGCAGGCGGAACCCCUCAGAGCGACUGGGUAAUCUCAAAAAUGGAAUAACUGAUAUUAAGAAGCACAGGUGGUUUAAUGGCUUCAACUGGGAGGGGCUGAAGGCAAGGACGUUACCAUCGCCACUGAAAAGAGAACUUACAGGACCAACAGAUCACAGUUACUUCGACAGCUACCCUCCAGAUGAGGACAGUCCUCCUGAUGAGCUGUCUGGUUGGGACAUGGACUUCUGAGGACUUAUCCUCCAUCUUUCCAACAUUUUCCUUCCACUGCACACAUUAACAACUAAAGUAUAAUAGGAAAAGUGGACUUACAGGUGACUUUACAUCACCUCAGCCAUGGUUUAGCAGCUUUAUAAUUGUCACAGAUUGACAGAUAAACGAAAAUGGGAUAUUACCAAAAGGUAAACCAGUAUUGCUCCUGCAUCUCCAUACAGUAUGUGCACAUUUGAAUGGAAGCCUUCAAGGUGUAAAGGUUUACUGCUCGACUUUGCUUUUACUCUCUGUUUCACACUAUCUUUGACAAAGAUGUCGAGAAAAAUCGAUGCGUUUCGAAACAGUUUUAAGCUGUUCCAACAGCCGUGUCAGCAUUCAGCAUUCGAACAAAACUGGAUGUGAAAUCUUUUACAAGCUUUUACCUCAGAGGAGUUGGGCCACCACCACGACAUUUGCCAGGAGCAGAUUAAGAACAUUACCAGAAAGGAUUUUAUUAAUAGCAACAAAACAGAAGGUUCUGGUUAAUGUUGGUCAGUGUCACAUUAAUUAGCAUGAAGCUGCCUAGCUUGACAUACAGGAUUAAUGUAUUAAUCAUUAACCCAGACAAAACUUCAGAUGUAGCCCCGUUAUGCAACAAAAAAAGAAAUAUUUGUAAUAUUUGUGUUGAAUCACAUUAAGUCAGGUAAGUUAACACUCCUUAGCUGGCUAAUGUUAGUAGGCUAAUAGGACACUCAGGGCUACUGUGGCUGCACAGAAUCAACUAGCUCAAUUUGUGGUAUUACUGUGGAAUAUAACAUUAGGUUCCCAUAGUUAGAAUAAGUAAGGCUAGCAUCACAGUAGGAUAAAAUCCUUUCUAUACCUUCUAUAUGACGUACGCUCAUCAGCAACUGGGAGUCACGAGCCAUAUUAUCAGUUCAACAACUCGUGCAGCCGUAGACACUCAGUAACAGAAAUGCCACACAAAUGGCUCAAUCGGGUCACUGCAGAGUUCUCCUUGGAGUUAAACAGCUCGUUAUGAAGCCGUCACCCUGGAAGUGGGUAUUGGGAUACACUAGGAGUCCAUAAUAACACUAUUAUAAACAUUACUGAGCCUCUCUAUAAUCUGCUGCUGAUAUGUGCUGCACCUGAGUGGUGUGCUGGAUAAACACCCCCACCCCAUAUUCAAUUAAAAUGUUUAUUUUUAUUUAUAUAGGCCCGGUUCAGAACAGUUGUCAUCUCAAGACUCAUUAUAUUAUAAGCUAAAGAUCCUACAGUAUUACAGAGAGAACCUCACAGAUCAGAUGAUCCCCUUUGAACAAGUACCUGGUGAAGAGGAAGCGCUCCCAUCUAACAGGUAGAGAAGCAGAACCUGCUUCAGGGAGGGGCAGGAAACUAACCAAAACUACAGGAGAGUUGAUUCCAUGCAAUAGGGCGAUAUAAACACAUGGGAAGUGAUAACAGCCAGCACUGUGACUGGGGGAUAAACUCCUCCAUGUUAGUGUGAGCCCCUCUGUAAAGCACAGUAACCCUGUGAGUUAUUUUACAGCUGGUGAAAGAGAACCUGCACUUUAACCAAUCCUGAACAUGCACUGUAUUCUUAAAAACAUCUCCCAGUGGCAAAGUGGACAUUUCAGGGUAGCUUUCCAGUUGGUAAUGCCCACAAAAAACAGUAAAAACACAAUUCAUUGUACUAACAUCACAUUAAAGUAACUACAGAAAUGCAGAAAUUACAGAAAUGAUUCAUGGUCGUGUUUGUAGUUUUAGAUUUGCUGAAGUUAUCGGGUAGAGCUUAAGCUUUUUUAAAUUUGCCCUCAGGCACGGUACAUUUUAUGGAUGGUCCAGAAAUACUCGGAUGGUGUCAUCCAAGAGUUUAAUCAGCUCAGCAUUCUUUGCCAUAGGUCAUACUAUUAUUAUUUUGAAUUCCCUAAUUGCUCUUUUACUUCAGAAACACUGGUGCGGCCUUUAUUUCUAACAGCUAAAGGUAAUUUGAGGAGACGACACUGCGUUGAAAACCAACACACGCUGGAUAUGUACCCCGACAGAAACAUCUAUGAAGCAUCUGUGGCUCCUUGCGCCAACUGUGUUAUCCUCACAGCCUCUUCACUUUUGCCACAGAUGACAAACAUAAAGACAGGAACACCUUCUCUCCACUUGAAUCAUAAAGUGUGAGCGUCUCGCAGUGGGCUGCCUGAGCCGGAGACAUGUUUGGUGGUUCUGAGCCGUUGAUGAUGUGAGGAGGAACAGCAGAGGCCAAAGUGAGCAGAAUGUGUUUAGGGUUUACUGUGAGGUGACUCUGAGGAACCUGGGGUUUAAAAUAGUGUGUUUUCCAUUUUAAACAUUUGAGGUUUAAAUCAGUUGUGUACCACGUCUCUGUGUAUAUACUCAAUAAUGUAAAGCACAAGCAUCCGAAAUACACAGUUUAUACAAUCUAACCUACUUGCUCCUUUAUAUAAACCUUAAAAAACGGGAGAGUUAAUUUGUAAAUAUUAUGUAUAUUGUAAAUGUGUCCUCUGAUUGGUGAAUGUAUGUGUGAGUUUGGAGGAGCAGUGCUGUUUCAGGACAGAGCUGUGGGAUUUUUUUAACUGCAUCUACACAAUCCCUUCAGACAGAUCGGUUUAGCAUUUGAACUUUUUCAUUGUGAAGUAACUCCAGUAAUUCCAGUUUCCUUAGGGCUGAUCUGGAGGUUCUAGUCCAAACAGAUAUUUCCUUUUCCUUUCAACAGCCCUAGAAGAGGUCUUACCUGUGGUUGGAUCACACUCAAAGAUGUGGGCUGUCCUAGAGUGGCCCACUUGUUGCUGCAAUGGAAAACUGGAGGUGGAUUUAGACGUUGCAUCCACAAAUUCUACUGUCAUUACUGCAGAGGCAGGUCUGAUGGUAAAAGCAGAGGUAUUUUGGUUAAUGGCAGUCAGCUGAGCCCUCUCUGACAAAUGAAGCUAGUGGUGUGUGUGUGUGUGUGUGUGUGGAAGUUGUUGGUUUAUUUAAAUGAUUCAUGAUGUCUUGCAUUGUAAUCAGAAGAUGCUGAUCACAAAAAAAUGGAAAUGUAUCAUUGUGUGAAAGUACAAUUUUAUGAAGGUAAAAAUGAUGCAAAAUUCGAGAGCCUGUAAGAUAAAAUGUAGAAAACAUUUUAAGCAUUGUUUUCACUUUUAAAAAUGUUUCAUUCUCUACAAGCUCUCACAUGUUGCUACAUAUUUACCUUCGUACAGUUUAGGCCAGCAAGCCCACGAGGUGUGAUCAUAAAGUUAUGAGAACGGGUCAAUAAACAAAGAAACGUUGCCCAGUUUGAGUCAACUUGUUGUGCAACUUUGGACCAUUUUCAGCGUGGCUGCUAUUCUCUCAGAGGAAGUCCCAUUAUGUACUUGUACCUCUGGUAUGUGCUGGAUUUAUUCCACUGCGUCAAAAUGGUGAUUCCUCAACCUUUCAGUGGGUGUGCUUCAACCUUUCAGAAAGGCAAAUCUGUCAAGUGUACUUUGCACUCAAACUGGACAGCUAAAAACCUGCUAAGCUGUACCUGCAGACCCAGCUCUCAUCAGCCGUGACAGCGCCAGAUAGAAAAUCUGGGUCAGCUGGAAGCAGAAGUCUGAGGUUGGUGAGAAAUCGCGGCAAGCACACUGAAAUUUGUCAGAGCUGGACAUCUGGGGAGGGAUCUAAAAAUAGCAGCCACGCUGGAAGCUGAACACGCCUGAGAAGAUGAACUUAUGCGAUUGGCCAAAUAUAAAUCAGGCAAAGCUUUUAAAUUUUACGAAUAUGUUCGAAAGCUCUUAAUCAAAUUUGAUAAGAUAAUAACAGAUGCGUAGGGAUGCAGCUAAAUAGCUGACUUUAACACUUUAAAAUGGUUGAAGACAAAGUGAUUGAACUUAACUGGAUUGCUAAUCAGCACACAUAUUGUGCUUCACUGUAUCUACACCUGCCUUUGUCUGAUGCGAUCCUAAAAAAAUAUAUAUACACUGUAUAUGAAAAAAAAAUGUAAAUAAUCUAAUAAAGGGAGCACACAAACCUCCUUGUACAUACAGAUAUACCUUUAAAUUUUGGUACUUGUACCUUGUACCUCAGAAACUGAUCUUGUGUUAUUUUCAGGAGGUACAGAGGGAGGAAAUACAUGAACUUUAAGUAUUUUUCUUUUGUUUUAAAAUGGGAUACAGCAUUUCAUAACCAAAGGUUGACAAAAAAAAUAAAUACAAUAAAAGUCUUGAUAGAUUUUG